AAGUUUUUUUUUGUUCACAUAAUUCAUUUUUUGGUCUACUGUAGAGGCGAAAUGAUUUUGUUUGUAUUCCUACCCCUACUUUAUUUCUGUGAUGUAUCUUUAUGCGAUGAGAGGGGUUCAAGAGUAAGAAGAAUCGUAGGGGGUGCACCAGCACCGAAACCAUUAGCUGAUGAUCCUACAGUUUUUGCAAAUUUUGCUGGUAGAACAGCUAGAAUACAAGGAACAGUAGAUUUUCCUCAUUACAUAUUUAAAGGUAUCAAGUAUGCGUAUGCGCCAACGGGAAAACAUCGAUUUUUGAGACCACGUGAAAAAUUAUUGGAUGGAUUAGUAAAUGCUACGGCAUUCGCGCCGCCUUGUAUCCAGCCUCUUCCUGGUACAAAUCAAAUUAUUGGUAGUGAGGACUGUCUAGCUUUGAACGUAUUUACUCCAGAACUUCCAACAGGAACUGAAGGUCUUCCUGUUAUUGUUUGGAUUCAUGGAGGAGGUUUUAGAUACGGUUCAGCUUCACAGUAUGGGGUGCAACAUUUGGUAGGAAAACGAUUAGUGGUUGUUACUAUUCAAUAUCGCUUGGGUUCUUUGGGUUUCCUGAGUUCCGGUACGAAACAUCUUCCUGGAAAUGUAGCACUGUGGGAUAUGGUGUUAGCUGUACAAUGGGUCAGAAAUUAUAUAGGAUUUUUUGGUGGAAAUCCAUAUAAGAUAAACGUAAUGGGACAUGGUACUGGUGCUAGUAGCGCAUUAAUGUUUGCUUUAUCGAAUGUUGCCAAAGGUAUAACUGCUGGAGUUAUUGCUAUGUCUGGAACAGCAGUAUCUCAUUGGGCUAAAGAUGAAACUCCUGAACAUACUGCGCUGGAUAUUGCUGAACAAAAUGGCUGUCCUAUAAUGGAUCCACUAACAAUGGUGAAAUGUUUGCAGUCGCUACCUGCAGAACAUAUAAUUAGGGGAGAUUCUACUGUGGAAUUUACGAAACUACAAAAUAAAGGAUUCAUGGGUGGAUUAUCGGGAGGGUUGAAUAGUGCUCCUGUGACGGAAGGUGUUAACGAUGGUAGGUCGUUGCCAGGAUUAGUUCAAAAAGAUGCAUUAUACGAAAUGGAUGAAGGCAAACAGUCAAAAAUACCCUUAUUGACCGGAAUGUGCAGGGACGAAACUAAAAGAGCUGUUAAAGGUCCUUUAAGAAAGGAUGUCGAGAAGAAAAUACAGACAAUACCCAAUUUCUUGGAAACUAAUUUUGUACAAAGUUUGAGGGAGACGAUUCCUCAAAGCUGGCAACUCGAAAUAAAAGCAGCUAAAAAGAAGCUGGAACAGGAUUUCAAAAAGGGUCUUGAGAACUUGGAAAGCUUAGUAGGAAAAUUAAUACCGCCGAAUUUCACUAAUUACAUGAAAUUAAAAACCGGAAAUAUUUUUGAGGCUAUUGAAAAAGUAGCACAAGCAGCAAAUGAUGCCUUGUUUCACGCACCGGCUUUUUUGACAGUUGAUAAAUGGUCCACUAGCGGUGCACCAACUUACUUAUAUAGUUUUGAACAUGUAGGAAAAAAUAGAAAAGGAAACGUUUUCCUGAAAGGAUCACCUUUAAUAGGAAAUAUUACUCAUUUUGAAGAAUUAAAUGAUACUGUGUCUCAUGGGGAUGAUUUAGCUUACCUAUUUGACGCGUAUGACGUAGAGGGUAAUCCAUUGGAACAUGAUCAUGAACUAACCGAAGAUGACAAAAAAGUGCGGGAAAUUUUUACGCAGAUGAUAGCAGAUUUCGCAAGAUACGGUGCUCCUAAACACAACGAUAAGCCAGUAGAACCGUUCGAUCCAAAAAAGAAUAAUUUUAUCCAAAUUAAACCUAAACUAACUAUAUCGAACAAUUUUAAAUUCUGUGAAAUUGGUCUAUGGUGUAAUAUGCCAGACAGAUUACAAAGUAGUGCUUGCGAAUUUUUAGGUGCAUUAGAUAAUUCGUUCAAGAACAUGAAAAAUUUUCUUAACGGCUUAAAAAGUCAAUCGAAUUUAAAUCCUGAAAAGUUGUUUGACCAUUUGAACUUGAUGAAAAACGUAAGUAAUCAAGGCAUAAACAUUUUCAAUCAACCAGCUCUUGCUAAUCUGGCACCCGAUAAAUUAUUCAAAGAACUCGGUAACAAAUGGAAAAAUGGAUUGGAUAAACUUGCUCCAACAUCUAAUCAAAAUGGAGGCUGGAAUAUAUUUGGUAACAAUCAACAAAAAGGAGUUGGCUUACCAAAUAUAAUGGGAAAUCAUGUAGAAAAGGCAAAGCCGAUUCCAAGUUUGUUAGGAGGAUUCGAUAAAAACAAUAAAGCUGCUGAUAAACAGAAGGCUUCAGGAUCGGUGCUCAACCCAUUCGGUCCCAAGAAGAGUCCAUUUGGAAUUUUAUAAAUUUUGGAUUCCUGAUUGUGAUACAAAAGGUGAAUGUUUUCAAGUUAGAAGAAUCGAGAUUAUGAAAUGUUUAUAAAAUCUGUAUAAGUCUUAAAAUACCUCAAUAAAAUGUAAUAAAUAAAUGCCGUUUUACAAUUUUCGAA